CUCCCAAACUUCCAUCUCCCGAGACAAUGUCACCUCCCCUCCAUACUUCAUGCUGUUCAUGCUACGUCCUCUCCUUGCCUCUCGCAGUCACCCACAUCUCAGAACUUGUCGUCCCUCCUUCACGUUGACACUCGCUCAUACAGCAACGCCUCCAUUGAACUCAACCCUGCCUCACCUUUGACGGCGCCCGUCGAUCCUCAGCUCUCCCUCUACACUCACGACACUGGAACCCAAAGACCACGACCACGACUCCAUUUCCCGACCCUCGGUGCACCAACCGUCCGGUAUACGUGACUCCCCAGUUUUCCUCUCCAGACGCACGGAUCGCAGCUUGUCCUUCUACUCAGACGUCACAAGGUCAUACAAGUCUGUGUGUUGUUGACAAAUUCUCGCGUUGUUGAUAAACAAUUGGGCGCUGGUCAGGUGCUACUGAUACCCAGUGGUGGCAACUGAAGUCAAGAGUCGGACCUGAAAGGAAUUGAUUUUUUACACCUUCACCUGUACCACGUCUCUGAAAGUAUCAAAGAACCCGACAGCUGAACCUUUGUCUAAAGGAGUUAUUUCACGUGCCUCGACCCGGCCUUCUGGUCUCUCGCGCCUCUUAUAGCUUCUGCCAGUCCUCUCCUUGACAAGAAGCUAUGACGACGGCAAUGUCUCCUACCGUGGAAGAAGCCAGCUCACAUGGAGCCGCCUACCCAUGGGUUCUGGAGCACCUGUUGGCAUAUCCAGGCACCUAUGAAAUUCCCCUGCGAACCAUGUACACUCUCAAUGCUACGACUCAGAACCAACCACAAUCUCCGACUCUAGCGCCUUCUCCUCCGAUUCCCGGCAAUGCAUUCCCACGAAAGACAUCAGAUGCUGCCGAGGAGCAACAAAACAUGGCCACCAUGACUGCCGCUGCUCAACUGCGAGUUCACCUCAUGGCUGAAAUUUCUCAGUUACCCUCUCAACCUACCUCUUUACCUCCCAGCUUCAUCACCAGCUUUGUUCGACGAUCUUUCCCGCCAGAGCUCGACCUUGUGGACUUCCCCCAAGCUCUCACGGCCAUGGACUACCUCAGGGAUCUGGAGAUUCGACGAAGACGAGAAGUGGUCGCAGCGUUCGACAAGCUGGGCAUUGACCAAGAAGAUAUCAGCCAUCGGGACAAGCUGGCACGCAAGUAUCCUGGAGUUCUACGCUGGGUAAUGGAGAUCGAGGAAAAGGAACGCAAAGUCGAAGCCCUCUACACCCAGGUAUACAUUGGACUGAGGCGCUGGACUCUCAUCAACGAACUCUCACUAACUCCCUUCAACAAAGCAAACUGCAUCGCCAUGCUUAAUACUCUCUAUCCUCCAGUCAGCCUCCAAUCCAACCACUUUGUCCAGCCAACAGCUCAAUUGACUCGCCAGGUGCUGUCAACGCAACGCACCAUGUUCUUCAAAUAUAUCAUUGCAGUCGAGCAGAAGGGGACGUCCGUUCUUGGCACGCUUAUGGACCAGAAUAAACAGCCUGGGGAUGCAACAGGAUGGACUCAUCUCCGAGGCACAGUGGACAACUACCUUCGCAUGGCAAACAGUGUGAUUGACGAAUGUUUUGAGAUAACCGGACGUGCAUGUCAGUCUCCAACAGCGGCAUCCUUCAGCUCUCGUGAUCCUGAGGACGAAGGCCGCCGCAAGGUGGAUUCUGCCAUCUCAUUUGGUUCUGGUACCUCGUCAAACCGCGAUUCUGGCCAGAGCCACGCCACAAGACCCAGCACAAGCAGCAGUUUCAGCACCGGAAGCCACAAUCAUAGUCGACAAGUGUCACGGGACAAGCAACUACCAGAGAAGCCAUUGCCCCCACCCAAGGACGAUGAUGUGACAAUAACCCAGAAAGCGUCCGGAUCGACAUUGGAGCGUAUUGCUCGAGAACUUCGAAAGAUGAAGAGUCGCAACAAUAUUAAGGAGGAUACUCGGCCUCGGACUGCCUCGGCACAAUCGAUGGAGACGACGUCGCCUAUCAUGGAGCAACCACCGUCGACACCUUCCAGGGAUCGUGGCUUGAACUUUAAGCGCAGCUUGAGAAGAAUGCGAUCGAACACCGUUCUUACUGACAACAGCACUCCUCAUGCAGUAAGUUUCAACCAUGAAACGAUCACUCAGGAAGUACCAGCGUUUGAUGCGGAGGUGAUGAAGAGACAGAGACAGGAAUGGGAGAGCCAACAGAAGUUGAGGAACCAGAACUCAUAUGCGAACAUGAAUGCAUGAGCAUGAGCAUGAACACCAAACACUGUAACACACGGUGGUUGUUGUCAUGGACACGGUUUUGGAUUGCACAGGCGUAAGGGUCGCGGCUACUGCUACCGCACUCAUCAAGGCGUUAUUGGAAGAGAAGACAUGGUUUCUCGGAGAAAUGUUUAAUGACACUGCAUGAAGAAUGACGACGCAAGAGCACGUGGACUGGAUGCACCAUGUGUUUGUUUUGAGCCUCGCGGCACCUGUUGAAAUUAUUUGAUCUCGAGAAACAAGCGAGCUCCCACGAGCAGAAAAAAAGGAGUACGGUACACAGUCAAGCAAAUGAGGCUGCUGGUGGAAUACCAUGGCAGUUGUGACAACAGGUAGAGGGGUGCUUGAAUCUGAAUAUGAACAUUACUUGACGAUGCAUGUCACGUACUUGCAAUGCACCCUGUUGUUCGCAUUCCUUUACUUCUUUCCCAUUUCCAUAACCGACUGCUUUUCACUGCUGGUUGGAUUGGCUCUUUCAAUUCUGAGAUCAUGC